AUGAUCCCCGUUGCCGAGUUCAAGCAGUUCGCGGAGCAGCAGCCCGCGUUCAAGGUCCUCAAACCCUGGUGGGAUGUGCUGGCAGAGUAUCUCACGGUGGCCAUGCUCAUGAUUGGGGUCUUCGGCUGCACGCUCCAGGUGACCCAGGACAAGAUCAUCUGCCUGCCCAGUCACGAGGCCCAGGAGAACUCGUCGGGCGUCCUGUGCCAGCAGCUGCUGCCUCGAGGGGUGUCCGAGCAGAUGGGGGGCCUGCGGGAGGUGAGCGGCCUCAAGAACAACCUCGACCUGCAGCAGUACAGUUUCAUCAACCAGCUGUGCUACGAGACGGCCCUGCACUGGUACGCCAAGUACUUCCCCUACCUGGUCGUCAUCCACACGCUCAUCUUCAUGGUCUGUACCAGCUUCUGGUUCAAGUUCCCCGGCACCAGCUCCAAGAUCGAGCACUUCAUAUCCAUCCUGGGCAAGUGCUUCGACUCGCCGUGGACGACGAGGGCCCUGUCCGAGGUCUCUGGGGAGAACCACAAGGGCCCCGCUCCCGGGCGGGUGGUGGCGCUGCCGGCCUCCCCCGGGGCCGGGGCGGGGAAGGUCGGAGACAGUGAGAAGGAGAAGGUGCUGGCGGAGCAGCCCGAGAAGGUGGUGACAGAGCCACCAGUUGUCACCCUCCUGGACAAGAAGGAGGGCGAGCAGGCUAAGGCCCUGUUCGAGAAGGUCAAGAAGUUCCGUGUGCACGUGGAGGAGGGUGACAUCCUCUACACCAUGUACAUACGGCAGACGGUGCUUAAGGUAUGCAAGUUCUUCGCCAUCCUGGUCUACAACCUCAUCUACGUGGAGAAGAUCAGCUUCCUGGUGGCCUGCAGGGUGGAGACGUCCGAGGUCACCGGCUACGCCAGCUUCUGCUGUAACCACACCAAGGCGCACCUCUUCUCCAAGCUGGCCUUCUGCUACAUUUCCUUCAUGUGCGUCUACGGCCUCACCUGCCUCUACACGCUCUACUGGCUCUUCCACCGGCCCCUCAAGGAGUACUCCUUCCGGUCGGUGCGGGAGGAGACAGGCAUGGUGGACAUCCCUGACGUCAAGAAUGACUUCGCCUUCAUGCUGCACCUCAUCGACCAGUACGACUCGCUCUACUCCAAGCGCUUCGCCGUCUUCCUGUCCGAGGUCAGCGAGAGCCGCCUCAAGCAGCUCAACCUCAACCACGAGUGGACGCCCGAGAAGCUCCGGCAGAAGCUGCAGCGCAAUGCCCGCGGCUGCCUGGAGCUGGGCCUGUGCAUGCUGCCCGGGCUGCCGGACACGGUGUUCGAGCUGAGCGAGCUGGAGGCGCUCCGGCUGGAGGCCAUCGGCGACGUCACCUUCCCGCCGGGCCUCUCGCAGCUGGUGCAUCUGCAGGAGCUCAGCCUGCUGCACUCGCCCGCCAAGCUGCCCUUCUCCUCACUUGUCUUCCUGCGGGACCGGCUCAAGGUCAUCAGGGUCAAGUGCGAGGAGCUGCGCGAGGUGCCGCUCUGGGUGUUCGGGCUGCGCGGCCUGGAGGAGCUGCACCUGGAGGGCCUCUUCCCCCCGGAGCUGGCCCGGGCGGCCAAUCUGGAGAGCCUGCGGGAGCUGAAGCAGCUCAAGGUGCUGUCUCUGAGGAGCAAUGCCGGGAAGGUGCCCGCCAGCGUGACCGACGUGGCCGGGCACCUGCAGCACCUCAGCUUGCACAACGACGGCGCCCGCCUGCUGGCCCUCAACAGCCUCAAGAAGCUGGCCGCCCUGCGGGAGCUGGAGCUGGUGGCCUGCGGGCUGGAGCGCAUCCCGCACGCCGUCUUCAGCCUCGGGGCGCUGCAGGAGCUGGACCUCAGGGACAACCACCUGCGCUCCAUCGAGGAGAUCCUCAGCUUCCAGCACUGCCGCAAGCUGGUCACGCUCAGGCUGUGGCACAACCAGAUCGCCUACGUCCCCGAGCAUGUGCGCAAGCUCCGGGGCCUGGAGCAGCUGUACCUCAGCCACAACAAGCUGGAGACGCUGCCCACUCAGCUGGGCCUGUGCACCAGCCUCCGCCUGCUGGACGUCUCGCACAACGGCCUGCGCGCCCUGCCUCCAGAGCUGGGCCUGCUCCAGAGCCUGCAGCACCUGGCCCUCUCCUACAACGCCCUGGAGGCUCUGCCGGACGAGCUCUUCUUCUGCCGCAAGUUGCGGACGUUGCUCCUGGGCUACAACCACCUGAGUUACCUCUCGCCCCACAUCGGCGCGCUCAGGGCCCUCAGCCGCCUGGAGCUCAAGGGCAACCGGCUGGAGGCACUGCCCGAGGAGCUGGGCAACUGUGGGGGGCUCAAGAAGGCAGGGCUGCUGGUGGAGGACACGCUUUACGAGGGCCUUCCGGCAGAAGUGCGAGAAAAAAUGGAGGAGGAAUGA